AAUUUGAUCCAUCUUUUUAAAUUAACACGUACACAACAAUGGUGGAAAGGGGAUCUCAGGGACAGGGCAACUUCCUUAUUUCAUUUUCCUCAUAAGUGCCAAAACUGGCACGUAAUGGCAUAUACGCUUUCUAGAAUACUUGCAACAGGGGUCUUUUUCGUCAGGGACUGGCUAUUUUGUCCAGAAUCAGUUGCAAUAUUUGUUGCAUUCUUAUUCUUUUUUAAUGUUUUGCGACUUCUCCGAGCAUUGUUUAUUUGUUUCUGUCGAUGGAAAUACAAGGCUGAAGUGGCACCUACUGCAGCAUAUAAACUAAAAGAGGCUUUAGCGAGUAACCAUCUAUACGAAGAGGACAAGAAUGACUACAGGCGUCACUUUCAUGAAGCGAAAAGCCAUGACAUGGCUGCUUUCUCUAUACGAGGUCGAAGAAAAACUAUGGAAGAUAGAUUCAACUUCAUUUCUCAUAAUUUUAAAAACAACCAUUCUGUGUAUGCAGUAUUCGAUGGGCAUGGAGGAGAGUUUGCUGCAGAAUACAUUGAAGAGCAAUUGUUUUCUUCUAUAAGGAAAGAAUUUGUUCAAGGCAGUUUUCAAAGUGAUCCUGAUAUGGUCAAACAGGUUCUGACCAGCCUUAUUCGAACUGUAGAUGCUCAAUUAGUAUGUUUGUCUAUGGAUAGGUUUGACCUAUCAGGAUCUACUGGUAUCAUAGUGUUCCAGAAAGCCAACCACAUCACUGUGGCUAACAUUGGUGAUUCUCGGGCUGUGAUGUGUGACACUAAAGGAAAUGCUGUUGCCCUUUCUACUGACCAUAAACCAUCUGAUCCUAAAGAGCAGCAAAGAAUAGUAGAUGCCGGUGGAUUUGUGACAUUCAAUGGUGUUUGGAGAGUAGCUGGCGUCCUUGCCACAUCCAGAGCCUUCGGUGACUACCCACUCAAGCAACGCAAGUUUGUUACCGUCGAGCCAGAUUUUCAGGUGUACGACAUCAAGGAAACCAGACCUCAUUUUAUCAUAUUAGCUACUGAUGGUUUGUGGGAUGUCUUCAGUAAUGAAGAUGCUGUUCAGUUUAUUAAGGAGAGGCUAGAUGAGCCCCAUUUCGGUGCUAAGAGUCUGGCACUUCAAGCUUAUUACAGAGGCUCCCUUGACAACAUUACUGUCAUGGUCAUUAACUUCAAAAAGAAAAGAAGUCUGCAAAGGCGGUUCGAUGACAAGCAAAAGAAACAGCUAGCUGACGAGACUAAUGAGGCUACAUAAGAGAGACAAUCAAAACAAUCUUUGGACAUUUGGCUACGUGUUGACUUGAAACUGUUUAUAGUAUCUAUGUAUAUUUGUAAAAUUUUAGAUCUCGUUCUAAAGUAUUUAGAAUUUGUUAACUUGCUUUUACUGCAAUAGUUAAAAUAUCACCUGUAAAAGUCAUCUUGCAUCAGGCAAGGUAAAUUUAUUUGCUGAAAAUUUCUCGACAGAAGAUAUCUAUUUUCAUAGUACUUUUUUCUGUAUUAAAUUUUGGUUACCUUAGGGUAUGUUAUGUUAAAAGUUUUAAAUUUCCAUAUAAGUUUAUUAAAAAAUUUGUUUUAUGCUUUAUUUUUUCCCCACCCUAAUUUUGUUAUAGGCUAUUGUUGAUUUCAUUAUAAUUUGUGUUAACUGUUGAUAUAAUUGGCGUAAUGAAGGAUCAAUUAUAUUAUUUACUAUUUCUUUCUCUCAAACUUCUAACACUAUAUGUCAUAUAUAUUUAUACAUAUAUGAUAUAUUAUACCUUGGCAUCAGUUUGUCCUUAUCUCUCGGUUACAGGAAUGUUUUGUAACACUCAAUCUAUUUGUUGGAUGCAAUUUCAACAUUAAAUUUCAAACUGCCACUAAAGAGAAUACAGAUAUUUUGAUUAGCUAACUCCCCAUACCUAACCUAGUAAAGUAAAGUUUCCCUUUCAGAACUUGUGGUCUAUAAGGCAGAUGAUGUAAAGGUCAUCUGUUUAUGUGACCUACUGUUAACAAGGGUGUCAUGUGGCUAGCACAACUACCAACCGCCUUUACUUUUCCCCAACUAAUGUCAGGUAAUCUUUAGAGCUGGGUGCCCAAAGAUCCUGAAAUUAAAAAUCCCAGUCUUUACCAGAAUUCAAACCCAGGACCCCAAGUUCAUAAUCCAAGCGCUUUACUGGCAUCCACCGCGUCUCCAUACCCUUAACCUAGAACACAGUUUUUUACAAUUGAAACAUUGUUAGGUCAAGUUAAGAAUUGAACAAAAAGCUGAUUAGUGACUUAAACUCAGUACUACAUUGAGAGUGCUUAGCUUAUAGAUACAAUCAUUACUAAGGUAGUUGUGAUUAGAUAGAUAUUCUAGUACUGGAUUAAGUGCUAGCUUCUCUUUUUUUGUGAUUUAUUUUCUUUUAUAUAUAAAUAAUUGGAACAGACAAUUUCUACCAAUUUUGGCAUUUAUUAUUUUUUUAUUUUUUUUUUAUUUUUUUGUGUACAGGUGUUGUUUUUUUUUUAAGCUUCUGUGAAACAAAAUUGAUUUCAAGAAUGCUUGUUAACAAGCUGCUAUAAUUAUUGAAAUUUUAAAAAAAUUUAAAUAGUUGUGUUGUGCUUUUUCAUGAACGUGAUUUUGUAUAGUUAAAUUGUUAUUAAAAAUAACAUAAUAUUUGUUAUAUUCACCAGACUAAUGUAAUACCUGAUCUGAUGUAUUCUUGUUUUUGAUCCCAUUUUUGCAUUUAUUGUGUUAAACUUGUAUUAACAACAAGGUAUUACUUGUAAACGUAAAGAAAAAAAAAUUAAUUGUAACAAAAUUAUUCCACUAGAACAUGACCACAAUCAUCUCAAUAUACCAUUUGUAUUUAUUUUUUAAAUAUUUUUUUUUUACAAUUUGUAAGUAAUUCUUUCACAACUACUGGUGUAAUAGUGCUUAUGUGGACAAUGUCUCUGUUUGAGAUGGAUCUCCACUGAACUGUCUUGGGUUAUUAAACAUGUGACACAUUUGUGUUUGGUACUUCUAAUAGAUGUAUUAACCAAAUGCUUUGCUUUGUUUAGGUCAUUAUUACCUGAGUAGGUAGAUAGGUUGUAUUGAUUAUCAUCCAGUUUGAGCCUUUUUAUAAUACUUUGACUCUGGCUUUUAACAAUAACUAUGGCAUGGGCAGUAGUCACAACAGUACUGAAUUUUUCUGGUGGUAGUUUUUUUAAGCUUUGAAAAUAAAUUGUGGCGAUAACUGUUAUCCUUAUUAUAAAGAAGAAGACACAUCUUAAAGGUUCUCAAUUAGAUGUUCCCUGAUCAUUUAAAAAUACAACUUUUAGACCUUGCCAUCUAUGGGGGCAAAUGAUGUAAAGCUCAUCUGUUUCUAUAAACAGCAGUUAAUGGGGACGGUUGGGGUGUGGCCAGUAUAAUGAUCAACUGCCUUUACUUCCUCUAUGGAUGUCAGGUAGGGUGUCCUAAAAAUCCUGAAGCUCGAAAUCCAAUUCUUUGCCAGAAUUUGAGCUCAUGGCGCCCUGGUUUGGAAGCCAAGCACUUUACUAUUUGGCCGCCAUACCCAUGAUCAAUUUGCUAAUGUAAAAUUCAUUGCAGGAAAGAAAUUAUACAAAAAGUCCAGGGUGGAUGUUAUAUGUUACAUGAGAUAAACUCAAUUUGAUUGACUUCUUGCAUUUCUGUUACCUCAAAUACAAGCAAACUAUUAUAUAAGGCUAUACUUUUGAAAUACUAGUGAAGUAGUAAUACUGACAAUAUCUUCAUAAUAAGUUGUUACUGUACAAGAACUGAAAUACUGUACAACCAAAGUAUACUUGGUUACACACAAUAUAAAACUUAUUAUUCAGGGACAUUUUCUUUUGUUCAGGUUAUCAGAAGACUUGACAUAAACUUGAUGUUAAUGAUUUUUGUGCUACAUUUGAAGCAUUUUUUAUCACACUGACCUGUAUAUAAAAUCAACCCGUCCAUAUCCAGAUUGAAUUGAAACUGAAUCUAGUCACUUGAAAUAGGUGCAGUAUUUAAAAGAUUUAUAAAUAAUGAAUAUGAAGUAGUUCUUAUUCAAAUUUCAGUUCUCUUUAUAAGACAAAAAAAGUGCUGUUGUUAUCUUUAUUCUAUUGUAUGUAAGCUUUAUUACAUUCUACUCCCUAGUUGAAUAAGAUUUAUUAACAUGUGGACAUUUUGCUGACAUAAUGUGAGAUGCAUUGUAGGUAGAUGUUUGGUUGGAGCUUUGUUAUUCUAGUGACAUGCUUUGAUAUUUCUUUUAUGUGUUGAAAUGAAGAAAAAAAUGAUUAUACACAGAUACAAUUCUUU